CAAGCAUUUCUUCUCAUAUACUGCUGCUUCAGAUCCCUCUUCCUUCGUGACCUUAAUACAUCAAGACUGUAUUCACCAUGGCACCACCAGAGAUGCCAAGUGGCUAUGAAAUGAAGACCCUUCCUUACAAGACAACCGGGUCUCUCAGCCUCAACCUCGAUAUCAUCUACCCCCUUCAAGCAAGCACCACUCCCGUGCCGGUCCUAAUCCACUACCACGGCGGCUUCCUUAUCGUCGGCGACCGGCAAUCCUUCCUCCCACACUGGCUCGUCAAUGCCUGCGCAGCGCGGGGAUGGAUCUUCGUGACGCCGGACUACCGGCUCCUGCCCGAGACGACGGCGCACGACGCGGUAGCCGAUGCCGUGGACGCGUACCAGUGGGUGCGAACCUCGCUAGCCUCGACGCUGCAGCACCUGUCUCCGGGCCCCGUCAUCGCAGCCGGCGCCAGCGCCGGAGCCUACCUGGCGCUGACGAGCGCCUCGCAGGCCGAGCACAAGCCAGACGCCCUGCUCCUCCUCUACGGGAUGCUGGACCCGCUCCACGAGCACUUCACGCACCCGGUAGACAACUUCUUCGGCAUGACGCCGUCAGACAGCCGGCCGUUCUUCGAUGCCUGGGCCGCGGGCCAGCAAAAAGAUGAUCCCGCCGCAACCGUGCGGACCGGAUACCCUAUCCCCGCGGACCCGAGCACCGACGCCCGCAUGGGCUUGAUCGCCGCCCUGCAUGGUCAAGCGCUGUUGCCCGAUUACAUGGCCGGCGUGCCCGGUCUGGCGGGCCGCGUUCGUGACGGUUCUGGUGGUGAGGUAGUGGACCUCGUGCCGGAGAAGGCGCGCGGGCUGUUUGCUAUCGCCUGCGGCCGCGUCGCGGGUCUGCCGCCUACGGCGGUCGUGCAUGGUCGCAAUGAUGUUGGCGUGCCCGUCACUAUUAGUCUGUCGGCUACUGAGACCCUCCGUCGCCUUGGGGUGCAGGUUCAUGCGGAGUUCCCGGAUGAUGCGCCGCAUGGCUUCGAUGCCAUGCUGGGGGAUGUGGAUAUUGAGCGGUCUAGGAAGGCGGAGGGUGAUACGCCGGCGUUGGAGAGUUUGCGCCGCGUUCUGGGUUGGUUGGAUGCCUUGGUUGGCCGUGUUUGAUGUCUUGUUUGCUGUGUUCAUUCCUGUUUUGUUUCGCGCUUUGUGGGUUGAAUACAUGACGUGUGUUGUCUUGCUUUGAGUAUGUUGGUAUAUCACCUUGUCGUCGUGUAUCCAUUGAGCGUAAG